AUGGCGUCGAGUUCCGACGAGGGCGAGAUCAUGGAAAAUGACGCCGUGGAUUUGAAGGCAACUUCACUGCCGAAGAAGUUUGAAGGAAACGGUGUUGACCGUCAAGACAGAACUCGAGAUAGACGCUCGGCCUCCAACUCCCCUGAGUACGACAGUUCCGCCAGGCACAACCACCACCACCACCUUUCGAGACGCAGCCGUUCGCCCCCGCCGCCCCGCGGCUUUAAGCGCGCCCGUGACGAGCGUGACUACGCUGGUGGAGGACGACAGGAUACCCGCCGCUUCCGCGUGCACUACGAAGACGGCGCGAGGGAUGACUACCGCCGCUCACGCGUAUCGUACGAAGACCUAGACCGCCCGCCGUCCCGCGGCUCGAACAACAGCUACGAAGGUCGUGAAAGGAAUCGCAGUCGCGAGAGAGACGCAUACAGAGACAGGGACAGGGAGCGCGAUCGCGAGAGGGACCGAUACCCGGAUAAGAGACAGCGUAACCGUACCAGGUCGCCUUAUCGGCCCCCGCGCGGUGAGCGAGGAGGUCGCGAUGAUCACUACGCCAGAGACGGCGGGCGCGAUCGUCUCACCGAUUCGUUCCGCAGCUUAAAAUACGACGACAACAGGGACCGAAACGCCCGAAACGGAGGCGCGGCGCCGAACGGAGUCGCUGUAGGAAUGGACUCGCGUGCUUCCAGAGAAGAUGCUAAACCUGUGAAAGACUCUGCAGACCGUGAAAAUUCUGCGGCUUCUCGCUCUCGGGGCCAGACGUCCGUCUCCCCUCCUCCCUCCAAGAGGACUCGGUUCCUGCUAACGCCCGACGAUAGCGCUCCGCAGGUGGUAGAGCCUGAUCAUAGCUACGAGGAGCCCGAGGAGCCGACGAUCAUUGACGAGGAAGCCGAGAUCGAACGCAGGCGACGACGCCGUGAUGAGCUACUCGCAAAGUCUAGCUCAGCUACUCCACUGCUUAUUCACGCGUUGCAUGCGGCUGACAAGUCAGCGAUUCCAUCACCAGCCCGGGAAAGCACUCCAACAGCGGAUAUUGGGACCCCAGGCACAGAUAUUGCGUCACCAGCCCGAGACGGAAGUUCGCCUGGCGCUAUUGACAUUGUGAAUGAGAGCGACCUAAUGAACACUCAUAGCGGUGGCGACGCGACGGAGGAGGACGGCCCCUCAGCUGCAGAUUACGAUCCCACGGCCGACAUGAAGGAAGACGAGAGGCGCGAUGAGAUGCGACACGGUAACGUGGGUGUUCAUGGCGAAGCUCCUGACACAAAAAACGAGACGCAGCCACAGGAUCAACCUCAGGAAGCCCCUGCGAAAAAGUCAUCAGAAGACGACGACGAUGAUGACGAUUUCGACAUGUUUGCUGAAGACUUUGAUGACGACAAGUACGCCGCACCCAACCCUGUCAAGGUGGCUGUGGUGGACGAGUCCAAGGCCUCACCCGCUCUUGCCCCGCCAAACGGAGCCAUUCUCGAGGGCGACGACAAGGACGGUUACUACAAGCUUCGCAUUGGCGAGAUCCUCAACGGCCGUUAUCAGGUCCAGUCGGCUUUGGGCAAGGGUAUGUUUUCUGGCGUUGCGCGAGCUGUCGACAUUACGAACAAGAAACUGGUCGCUGUCAAGAUUAUGAGAAACAAUGAUGCUCUGAGGAAAGGAGGUUUCACCGAGAUUGCCAUCCUGCAAAAGCUCAACGACGCCGACCCAGAGAAUCGCAAGCACAUUGUCAAGUUUGAACGGCAUUUCGACCACAAGGGCCACCUGUGCAUGGCGUUUGAGAAUCUUAGUCUGAACCUUCGCGAAGUGCUCAAGAAGUUCGGCAACAAUGUCGGGAUCAACUUGGGCGCUACGCGAGCAUACGCCCACCAAAUCUUCAUUGGCCUUGCUCACAUGCGUAAAUGCAGUGUCAUCCACGCCGAUCUGAAGCCUGACAACAUCUUGGUCAACGAGAGCCGGAAUGUGCUCAAAAUCUGUGACUUGGGAACCGGCAUCGACAAGUCCGAUGCAGCCACGGCGCACAACGAGAUCACCCCGUACCUGGUCAGUCGCUUUUACAGAGCACCAGAGAUCAUUCUCGGUAUGCCCUACGACUACUCCAUCGACAUGUGGUCCAUCGGUGCCACCUUGUACGAGCUGUACACGGGCAAAAUUCUCUUUGCAGGCGACAGCAACAAUCAGAUGCUCAAGGCCAUUAUGGAAAUCCGUGGCAAGAUCACGCCAAAGCUCUACAAACGGGGUCAACUCUCGGCGAUGCACUUUGAUGAAAUGGGCAACUUUGUUAGCAUGGAGCGGGACAAGGCGCUUGGAAAGACAACCGCCAGGGUCCUGCCUGUAGUCAAACCAACGCGUGAUCUGCGCACCCGCCUCUUUGCCGCGUCAGCGGGUAUGAACGACGCCGAGACGAGGGACCUGAACCAUUUUGUCGACCUGCUCGAGCACUGCUUGACGCUUAACCCGGAGAAGAGAAUUAAACCCGCCGACGCGCUGAAGCAUCCCUUCUUUACUGCGAAGGUCGCCGCACCUAUGAAGAGAUGA